AUGUUCCUAGCUAAGGAAGGUGUUGCUGCAAUAAAGUGGAUGGACAAUAAGGCUGUUACAUUGUUGACUACUGCACACAAUUCAGCGAUUAUUACAUCUGUAAAUCGUACAAAAAAGGAUGGUUCUAAAACUGAAGUACCUUGCCCUAAAGCUGUUGCCGUAUAUAACGAUAUCAUGGGAGGGGUUGAUUGCUUCGAUCAAAGAAAAGAAAGAUACCAAAUAGGAAGAAGAUCUGUAGAAUGGUGGCGUCGUAUUUUUUAUUUUCUUACUGAUCUUGGCAUCGUAAAUAGUUUUAUACUGUGGCAAGUAAACAAGAGAAACAGAAGUUUAGACCAGCUAACAUUCCGUAUAGCAUUAGCUCGUCAACUAACAGACGGAUAUUCCUCGAAAAAGAGAGGCCGUCCUGCUAGCUUCCAAGCAAAACGGUGUGCAGUUCCGGAUGAUAUACGCAUAGCCAAUGUGGGAAAUCAUAUGCCAGAGAUGGCUUCCAAUUAUAGACGAUGUAGGAAAUGUAGCACAAAGACCCAAGAAAAGAGGACCCGCUAUAUGUGUGCAGUAUGUGAUGUACCCUUGUGCAUUGCAACAUGUUUCUCAUCUUUUCACGGCAAAUAA